AUGACAAGGAAAGUGCCAACUAAGUUAUCAUGGAACUUCAAGAAGGCUGACUGGCCAAGAUUCAUAAAUCUUUUAGAUAAUGAACUUCGCACAAGUCCUAUCAACUUCAACGAACAUCCUGACAAACUCUGCAACGAAAUCACGAAUAUUAUGAUCAGAUGUGCAGAGAAAACUAUUCCCAUUGGCAAGACCAAACACUAUCGACUGUUUUGGUCUAAGCACCUUGAGGAACUGAAAAGGAAGAGGGAUGCCCUUCGCAACACUGCUAAUCAGAUCGGAAGAACAGAAGACGUACCAGCCUGGAAACGGCAGUCAACUGUCCUAAGACAAGCCAUCUUACAAGCCGAACGGACUUCCUUCGAUAACUUCAACUUAAAUAACAAUUACCAACGGAUCCGACUAAAUAUCUGCGCUACAAUGGAACCAGGACAACUUCUGAUUUAA